AUGGACGAAGCCCGCCAUGAGCAUGACGGCCACCCCUCGACCUGGCCUCCGGGUACCAUCACUUUGGAAGACUUGCAAGGAGCACGCGCCAAAGUGAUCCUUCAUCCCAUCCCCACGUCUGAUCCAAACGACCCUCUGAAUUGGGCUACGUGGCGUAAAGCUCUCAAUUUCACCAUCGUCUGCUUUUACGUAUUCAUGACUUUCGUCGAGCUCGACAUUGGGUUUGUUGCCUGGGAAGCUUAUCAGACUGAGUUGGGUUUUACCGUCGACCUUUUAAAUGCUGGUGCGGCGGUGAAUUACGCCGGACUCGCCAUCGGCUGUAUAUUUUUCAUUCCACUUGUUCACAAAUAUGGCCGUCGACCACUGUAUCUGUUCAGUACUGCAGUCCAACUGGCAUCUGUGAUCUGGUUCGCCAAAACGUAUACGAGAGGCGACCUUAUCGGCAGCAAUUUGAUUUCUGGACUUGGGGGCGCCAUCAGUGAGACCAUAGCACAAAUCACGAUUGCAGACAUAUUUUUCGUCCACCAUCACGCCCAGAUGAAUGGUUGGUACCUCAUUGCCACUUCUGCAGGUGCCUUCCUCGGCCCAGUAGCCUCUGGAUAUAUCGUCAUCAGCCAGGGGUGGAGGUGGAUGUUUUGGUGGUGUGUGAUAUUUUUCUCCAUCAACCUUGUCAUCGUCAUCUUCUUUUUCGAAGAAUCAAAAUACAUCAAAGUCCUGCUUGGGUACAAUAACAACCAACCAGCUUCUGUCGUAGAAGCCGGUACUGCUGGACGACGAGAGACAGCUGAGCGCGCAGCUAGCGAGCUCGCAAAGCAAGCUGAAACAAGCCAGUCGCUGGAGCGGACCCGGAGUGAGGUCUUCAUUGACACCUCGAUUCCAAUGAAGCCAUACCGCGAACGCCUAGCUCUCGUUACCAAAACCAAUGGAUCGAUUUUCCACGACUUCCACCAACCUGUGGUGCUUUUAUUCUCUUUCCCGGCCAUUGCUUACUGUGCAAUCACGUAUGGCAGUUUGUUGGCGUGGUUCGCAGUUAUGACUUCGGUCCAAGCCACUUAUCUGUUCUCGCCACCAUACAAUUUCUCCGCUGCUGGAGUUGGGUUGAUGAACCUUGCUCCUUUCAUUGGAACAAUUCCAGGUACCAUAGUAGGUGGAUGGCUGAACGAUAAGUCGAUAAUGUGGUUAUCGAAGCGCAAUCGGGGAAUCUACGAACCGGAAAUGCGUCUUUGGCUGGCGUUGCCUUCAGCGCUCAUCACUCCAGCCGGUAUUUUGAUGUUCGGUUUGGGUCUCAGCUCCGUAAGUAGUCCUUGUGGCAUGACGAUAACUCCGCUCGUAUACUGA